GCCCCACUGCGCAGACUCCCAGCGGGGCCUCGUGCGGUCGCUUCGGGGGGCUCUUAAAGGGGCAGGCGAGGCCUGCUCGUCGUCGCUGUCGCCGCUGUCGCUGCUGUCGCCGCCCUCGUCGCCCUCGUCGCCCUCGUCCUCCGGGCAGCCGUCAGGCGAGUAGGCCGAGAUAAGAAUCCGACGACGUCCUUUAAACUGCCGGAACUUCUAGAAGUUUGUUUCCUCUCCUCGCCACUUCCCUUUCUGGCGCCUCGGGAGAAGGAGAGGAGGAAAAGGGUCUCGCUCUGAAUCACACAUAGACACAGGGGGCCGGUUGCCUGCCCGGAUGGCCGGGAAGAAGCAGGCCAAGAAGCAGCCCCAGCUGCUGCUGCUGCUGCUGCUCAUCUCCACGGCCUUCAUCCACUUGGUCGCCUGCCCCUUCGCCAAAGUGGAGGAGAGCUUUAACCUGCAGGCCAUCCACGACCUCCUCUACCACCGCCUGGACUUGGACAAGUACGACCAUCACGAGUUCCCCGGCGUCGUCCCGAGGACCUUCCUGGGGCCGCUCUUCGUGGCCGCCUUUUCCAGCCCGGCCAUCUACGUGAUGUCCCUGCUGGAGAUGCCCAAGUUUUACUCUCAGCUGCUGGUCAGGGCAAUCCUGGGACUCGGCGUGAUCUACACGCUCUGGGGUUUGCAGAAAGAAGUGAGGAAGCACUUCGGGACCACGGUCUCCACCAUCUUCUGCCUGAUCACCACCACUCAGUUUCACCUGAUGUUUUACUGCACUCGGACCCUUCCCAAUACAUUCGCGCUGCCCAUCGUGUUGUCGGCCCUGACGGCCUGGUUCCAGCAGAGGCACGGCCGCUUCAUCUGGCUCUCGGCCCUGGCCGUCGUCGUCUUCCGGGCGGAGCUGGCCAUCUUCCUCGGCCUCACGCUCCUCCUCACGCUGCUGAGCAAGAAGCUGUCGAUCCUGAAGGUGCUGGCCCACGCCGUGCCCGCGGGCGCCGUUUGCCUGGCUCUCACUGUGGCGGUGGAUUCCGUCUUCUGGAAGCACCUGCUGUGGCCGGAGGGGAAAGUGCUUUGGUACAACACGGUUCUGAACAAAAGCUCCGCUUGGGGAACGUCCCCGGCGCUGUGGUACGUGUACUCGGCGCUGCCGCGCGGCCUGGCCUGCAGCGUCCUGUUCCUGCCGCUCGGUGCGUUGGACCGGCGGCUGCGGCGCCUGCUGCUGCCCUCCCUCGGCUUCAUCGCCCUCUACUCCCUGCUGCCCCACAAGGAGCUGCGCUUCAUCCUCUACACCUUCCCCGUCUUCAACAUCGUCGCCGCCAGGGGAUGCGCCCAGAUGUUGAAUAACUACCGGAAGUCGUGGCUGUACAAGGUGGGCUCCCUGGCGGUGGUGGCCCACCUCCUCCUCAACGCCACCUACUCGGCCACGUCCCUCUACGUGUCGCACUUCAACUACCCCGGGGGAGUGGCCAUCCAGAAGUUUCACGAGCUGGUGCCUCCGAGGACAGACGUGAGCCUCCACAUCGACGUGGCCGCGGCGCAGACGGGCGUGUCCCGCUUCUUGGAGAUGAACACGGAUUGGAAGUACGACAAGAAGGAAGGGCUGGAGGCGGGGGCCGGGCCCAUGAUGUCCUACACCCACCUCCUCAUGGAGACGGACCCCGUCCGGCUGGCCCACUACCGGACCACCCACCGGGUGCUGGCCAGCAUCGUGGGCACCAGCGGCGUCCAGCUGAACCUCACCAAGAUCCCGCCCUGGGACCUGAACCUGAAGACCAAGCUGGUCCUCCUCGAGAGGCUGUUCAGGUCCUCCUGAGCCGCCGCGAGCCCCGGGGACCGGGCCUCGCCCCGGGACCGAGAGCGAGACCGCCCGCCCUUCCCGCCCCCGCUCGGCUCCGACGCCCUCCGGUGCCGCGUCUCCUCCCCCGGGGCCGAUCCCUCCCGGCGCGAGGCCGGCGGAGCCCAAGAUCCCCGCCCCGGGACGCCGAGGUCGAGUGGGCGGAGGGGAACGGAGGUCUCGACCCCGGAGAGACCCGUGGCUCUCCCCUCCCCGCCGCGUGACGGCGAGGAGCCCGGGAUAAGCCGGCGGGGGACGGGGAGGCCGGGGCUGACUCCCCGGGGAGACGAGAAGGGGCAGGAGAACGCUUCGCCCGUUGUUUUCUACAGUUUCGGGGUGGCCAACGGGAGGGCGGUUACUUUGGGGCAUCGAGCGGAUUAAAGGAAAGGAGACGAGGUCAUUUUCUACUCAA